AUGGGCCAGCAACCAUCUACUCCUAAAAUAACUGCACAAGAUAAGGCAAUAUUUCAGUUGAAGCAACAAAGAGACAAGCUAAAACAGUACCAGAAACGAUUAAACACAAUCAUUGAAAAGCAAACAGACUUGGCAAAGAAAGCUGUACUCAAUAAACAACCUCAGAAGGCUAAAUUUUAUUUGCGAUCUAAAAAGCAACAAGAAUCUGUAAUUAACACCACUUUUGAUCAACUAAACAACUUAGAAAAGUUGAUUGGAACAAUUGAGUAUAAGUUGAUUGAAAAAGAUGUUGUGUAUGGUUUACAACAAGGUAACAGGGUAUUACAGAAAUUAAAUAAUGAGAUGCAAGUUGAGAAGAUUGACGCGUUAAUUGAUCAAUUGGAGGAUGAGAAAUUGAAGGUGGAUGAAGUUAGUGAGCUAUUAGGAGGUGCCAAUCAAUUGAAUAGGUCAGAGGAAGAGGAAGUGGAUCAAGAGUUUGAAAAUUUGCAAAAAGAAAUACAUGGUAAAAAUAACCAGGCCAAAGAAGAAGGAAACGAAUUACCUAAAAUACCGGACACCAAACCUAUGCCAGAUGCUCCAAAUACUGAAAUUGGGGAAUAUGAACCACAAAAUAAGACAUCACAUGAACCGAUUGCCAUAUAA